ACCUAUAACCUCGCUCUCGUGGUUACUCUUUACUCCGGGUCUCCGCUCCGGUUGAUCGCGGUCUCGCACAACAGUCGCAAGUUCGCAACGUCACGUCAAAAAUUUAUUGCCUCUAUAAAUUUGAUAUUUAUGUCGAUAUCAAUUUUUCUAAUUUCACAACCUUGAUAUUCAUCUAUAUACACCUACCUACGUAUCUACGUACGUUAGUCGCCAUCAUGUCAGAGCAAAAGGAAGUAACAGAGCUGCAAGCGUUCAAAACAGUCUUUUAUCACAGUGUGGUAAUACUCGCGCUACCUGUGAUAGCGUUCUUCACAAGCAAAAUUUUUCUCUUUGAUGGUAUAUUAGGUCUCAACAAUGUGCCAAGUAACGUGUAUUCGGCUGGCGUUGCAGUAGUAGUGUUACAUGUUGCCUUAGGAGUUUUUAUAUAUAGAGCAUACUUUGACGAUCGAUCAAAGAUAUCAGCAAUUAAGAGAGAUUAGUUCUUUAUUAUUAAGUACACCUUGGUGACCAUACACUUGCAACAUAAUCACAAUCGACACAGUUGUUUUUCGGAUAAUAUUAAGUGACAUUGUCAUUGUAAAGUAAAACUUUGAUGUGUUGUUACAACGUUUGAUAUAUUAUAUAUAUAUUUUCUUUA